GGGCGCACAGACUAACUUUUGUCAACCGUGUCAUCUGUCAAAUAUCUUCUUUGAAACGUAAACAGAAGAUUUCAUUUUCAUUUUUAUAAUCAACUUAUUUCGAUUAACAAAGGACGGUCGAUGGAUAUCGAAGCAUUUUCCGAUGACAAUUUCGAUGCAAUCGAGUGGAUCAACAAAACGUAUGCAAAUGGGGCCGAUAAACACGUCAAUAAGGAAAUUUUCGUUUCCAAUUUGGUGUCGAAGAUGCAAUUGUAUGUGCAACAAUUGAACUCUGCUCUGGAAGACACCAGCCAGCAGGUAUUGUCAGCGAUACCUAAGAUCAUGAAGGAUGCUCAGAAUUUGCAAAAUGCCGCUGUCUCACUGAAAACUCAGAUGUCUGACGUUCAGUGUAAUAUCGACCAAGUGCAACGAAACACUGGUGCAAGUAUGCAAAACUUAGAACGUCUGGACGAUUUGAAGAGUAAACUUGAGUUUGCCAAACAGGGGAUCCAGGAAUCCGACGGCUGGGGCAGAUUAACAACAGAACUUGACGAACUUAUUGAACAUGCCAAACUAGCAGACGCUUGUAGUAAGUUACAGGCGUUGCAAAAAUCCUUACAAGCACAGAUAGGAUUGCCGCAUCAAUCGGACCGUGAAGACCAAGUGGAGGACUUCAAAAAUCGAUUGGAAGCACUCGCUAGUCCCGGAGUUGUUCAAUCAUUUCAGACUGGGGAUAUUGAAUCGUCGAAGAAAUUCGUGGAAAUGUUCUCGGUAAUGGAACGUUUGCCGCAGCUCACCCAAUAUUAUCGUACUGUGCAAAAGAAAAUGCUGCAGCAAUAUUGGACGGAAUGCGUCGACACAUCGCUCAAUUCGGGUUCAGUUGGUUGCCUGCGAAUAUUUUACGAUCAUUUGUACGAAAAGUGGCAAAAAGAAUCCAGGUGGUGCUCGUCGGUAUUCGGACAAAUUGGCUUCCACGAAUCCGCUCUAGUUAUCAUCGAAACAUUGGUAUCGUUGCAACCAGGUAGAGAUAUGGUGAUUACGAACAUCGUCAAACAAAGUAAUGACAAGUUGGCUGUUUUGAGUGAAGCAUCAGCGGCAAAUGUUUACUUUGGGGGAUUAGUAAAACGGUGCAUUGCCUCGUCACCGAGUACCGUUCCCGAUCAGACCCUCAAAUCAAUGAUCUUUGUCAUAUACGAUUUCUUCGAUUCAUUCGUCGCACAGUACACAUCUGCUGAGCAAAAUAAUCUACUUGUCCAAUUGGAAGAGUUUCAGUUAACUCACAACACCUGCGCGGAUAGUGUACGAGCGUUGGGCAAUACAAAUUCGAAAAUUUUCCAACUUUGUACAUCGGCAUUGAAUAGAUGCGAAGACGUUACACAGAAUUGUGGGCUAGUGUCGUUGGUCACGUCGUUGAAUUACAUCUUCAAGAUAUUCUUAGACAAAUACAGAAAGGCCCAGCAACAACUGCACGCGAGUAGAAAUUCUGAACAAAAUUGGAGUCUACUUCAAACAUGCAUUUCCCUGCUGCAAAACAUAGGCGAUUUUGUGUCGCAAUUGAAUGAAUUCGGUAAUACAGUGGCCGAUCGUCUGCUACAACUCGAGCCGAUUCACAUAAGCACCGACAAGUCACUGCAUUUCGGCUACAAAAUGAAAGAGAAACGAGAAUUGAACGAAUUCCGGAAACUCAUUCAAUCCAUCCGGUUGAAAAAUGACAACCACAGCGACGACGAUAAUCCGAAUGCAACGUUCACCGUUUUCGUACCGACCUUCGAAGUACUGAAACCGAUAUGUGAAUACACCCAUGAUACGACGUUGGCAUCGAUAUUUUCUCCGAUCGAGAAAUAUUUAACAACAAAUGUCGAGCCGCCAGAGUCGCUAAACUCGUCCGAUCAAAAUCUUCCGGAUUAUAGUUUUGCACCGCAAGAGUUUAUCACACAAAUCGGUCAAUACUUGCUGACGUUACCGCAGCACUUGGAACCGUUGCUUCUAUCACCGUCGACACAUCUUAAAACGGCUUUAGAACUGUGCGACACCAAAUACACACAAAAUAUUCCCAGUACCGACGUUCUGCUUUCACUGCUCGUCGACGAAUGUUGUGCGAUGUACGAAGAACAAAUCACCCAAAUAUGCCAACUUAGUCCGACUGCAUCGAAACAAAUCGCAACGGACAUCGAGUAUUUGGGCAAUGUGUUGGAAGAGCUUGGACUUCCGUUGAGUAAUCGCUUACGACAGACUGUGACGUUACUACGUGCACCACCAGAAACAUAUUUGUCAUCGAGCGCUGGCUGCGAUCCGAAAUUGGUGUCAAGCAUUAGACAAAUGAGAAAUAUUAUAUCCGGUUAAACGAAAAUUUUAUUGCAAAUCUAAAUAUGGAAUAUAUUAAACCAUUGAAAAAGC